UUCCUUCGGGUAAAAUCCGACAUUUUUUUUUAAUUUCCGUCGGCUGGGAAAGCGCUGUCGCCGGCGAAGCAUCCGUGCGGCUCCAGCUCAUCCACAACUCCACCUCUCUGUCGCUUUCUACCUGCCGAUGUAUGUCUCUCCAAAUCCUCCUUCGAUCUCUCAGUCGCUCACUGCCUACGACAGAGCCACCUUCUUCUUUGCUCCGGCUGCGACACCACCGCCUGCGCAAAGAGAAAUAGAGAAACAGCCACCGCCGACGCCAUUCUCUCAGUUUCGAUGGACCCCUGCCCCUUUGUCCGUGUCCUCGUCCGGAACCUCGCCCUCAAAGUCCCAGCAGCCGCCCGCCCCGCCGGUGGCCCCGGCGUCCACCCCUCCGCUCACCCCUGCUUCGCCACCGUUCGUCUCCACAAUCACCCCUCCCGCCACACCUCCCCCGUUCCUCUCGUCCCCGCCGACCACGGCUCCGAUGCGCCAGCCGCCUCGACCGCUCUCGCGGCCGGGUUUCACCUCUCCAAGUCCGAAAUCGACCGGUUCGCCAGGACGUCGCUGACGCUCUUCCCCUCCGCCGCCUCCGGCGCGUCGACCACGAAGCUGAAGGUCAGGGUCUACUCGGGCCGCCGGGGGACGUCCUGCGGGGUGCGGUCCGGGAGGCUCUUGGGGAAGGUGUCGUUGCCGUUGGAUCUCAAGGCGGCGGCGGCGGCGGAAGGCAAGGCGGUGGUGCACCACAGCGCAUGGGUCGGGGUAGGGAAGGGGGCUGGCAAGGCGCAGCUCUACCUGACAGUGACGUCGGAGAUGGACCCCAAGUUCGUGUUCGAGUUCGACGCGGAGCCGGAGAGGAGCCCUCAGGUGUUCCAGGUCCAGGAUAACAGGGGAAGGCAGCCGGUCUUCACCUGCAGCUUUAGCCGUCGCCAUAACUCCGGCGACCCGAACUGGAGAUCAAAAUCGUUGCCAUUGGAGUCGAGUAGUGCCAGGAAUUGGCCGCCGUCCUUGGCGUGGCUGGGAAAGGAGCGCAAGGGCUGGUCCGUCACUGUCCACGACCUCUCCGGCUCUCCCGUGGCCCUGGCUUCCAUGGUCACCCCUUUCGUCGCCUCCCCAGGCACCGACCGCGUCAGCCGUUCCAAUCCCGGCGCCUGGCUCAUCCUCCGGCCCGGCGUCGGCACCUGGCACCCCUGGGCCCGCCUCGAGGCCUGGCGCGAGCGCGGCGGUUCAUCCGGCGACGGCCUCGGCUACCGCUUCCAGCUCCUUUCCACCAACCCCGCCGACCCCCGCGUGUGCCUCGCUGAGUCCGCCGUCAGCUCCUCCAGAGGAGGCAAAUUCACCGUCGACCUUACCAGCGGCAGCCCGUUCCCGCGGACCACCUCCGCCCCCCACACCGGCGGCGAACCGACCACGCCCUCUUCAGCCUACGUCGGGUUCGUGAUGUCGUCCACGAUCGCGGGCGAGGGACGAAGGGGCGUCGGCCCGACGGUGGAGGUCGGGGAGCGGCACGUCGGCUGCGCCGAGGACGCAGCGGCGUUCGUGGCGGUGGCGGCGGCCGUAAAUCUCAGCAUGGAAGCAUGCCGCCUUUUCUCCAACAAGCUCCAGCGAGGGAUUUCCCUCUCCAACUUGUCGCUGCGGCGGCAAUCCUCCAGUCUAAUUUAAAACCAAAUUAUGAUUCAGUUAAUGUAAAAAUGCAGCUUGAUCGAUAUUUUCACUGGAUUUGCUCUGCUCUCUUUGAUUUGAUCUGAUUUGAUCUUUCGGCCUGGUCCAACAUUUGUUUGAGGAUAUUCAACGUCGUACUCGUCUGGGUUUGAUGAGACGGCAAUGAUCGUUUGUUGGGGGAUUCAAAUAAAGAUAGAUGGCAUGUCGAUUCAUUGUA